AUGACUUCUAGAUUCAGAAGUGCUUCUGACUAUGUGGACGCUGGCCCAGAGCGCUGUAGGACCUGUGCUGUGGUGGAGAACUCUGGGAACCUCAAAUACUCCAACAAUGGAGACCUCAUUGACUCCAAUUAUGUCAUUAUCAGAAUGUACAAGGCAUUUGCCAUCAUGUACCCAAAGAGUGCCAUAGAUCUGGACAACACCAUUAGUCUCCUGCUGUUUCCUUUCAAGACUAUGGAUCUCCAGUGCCUACUCUGCACACCAGUCAUCUUCCCUGUCACUUAA